AUGCCUCCAGUAUUAUUAUCAUUAGCAAAUUCAUAUAAUGUUAGAAUAAAAUUAAAACAUGCAAUUCAAAAAAAUACUAUAUAUACUUGUUUAUCAAGAUUUUAUCAUCCAAAACAAAAAUUUUCAAUAUCCAAAACCAAAUAUCACAACUAUCAUUUCAAUAUUAAUAGAAAAUUAUAUACAGAACCAAUUAGUAUAGAAUACAGCUUAAAAGUAGAUUCUGAUGAUCCAGUAAUAACAAAAAUAUGUGAAAAUCAAAAUUUGUUGAUAUUUAUUGAAGAAUUUAUACAACUUUUAAAAAGCAAAGGCGUUAAUAUUAGUGCAGGUGAGACACCUCCCAUGUUCCAAGUUGCUAGAUUGGCUACAGAUUAUGAAAUUAAGGAAAAACUUGAAGCGUUAGAUAAUGAAUUUCAGAAAGCAGGAAUUCAAUUUGAUACCGAAACUGCUCAAAAGUUUAUGUUGUAUGCUACGAAAGAAUGGAAAACGCAUCAAAACCAAUUAAAGGUUCUAAAUCUUCAGAAUCAUCAUCACCACUAG